AUGAAUCCCAGAGUCGGAGUCGCUGUUUUUAUUGUGAACAAGGAGGGAAAGUUUGUCAUCGGCAAAAGAAAAGGGAGCCAUGGAGCAGGCACAUGGGCUCUCCCAGGAGGUCAUCUUGAAUUUGGCGAAUCCUUCGAAGAAUGUGCGAAACGAGAACUAGUUGAAGAGACUGGUCUGGACAUCAUCGACUUGGAGUUUUUAACUGCCACAAAUGAUAUCAUGAAGGCAGAUGAAAAACACUACAUCACCAUUUACAUGAAAGGCGCCAUCAGCGAUGUAUCUCCUCAGCUGCAGCUUCGGGAACCGGAGAAGUGCGAUGGCUGGGAAUGGAUCUCGUGGGACGAACUUCGAGCUCAAGGGGAGACCCAGAUAUCUUUAGGCUCGGAGUCUCCAGAGCGGAUAUUGUUCUCACCUCUGAUCGCAUUAUUCCAGCAACGGCCAGACAUUCGUGUUUAG